CCAGCAGCGGCAGUCCGGUGAGUGAACCGCUCCGCGUGCAGCGUGCUUUUCCCUCCCGCUCUUCACCGCCGAACACCGCACCGACUGGGGGCUGCAUGUGCAUCUGAGGACGCAUCUCCCUCUCCAUCUUUUUUUUCCCUCUCCUCUCUUUUGGAUGUCAUUACGAUGGGACUACUUGAUGCUCUUAGAGAUUUCAGUUUACUGACAUGGCUGAGGGAAGAGAAACAGUCCAGGAGGCUGAUCCUGCUCAUUGUUUUUAUUGCUUUGCUAUUGGAUAACAUGCUGUUGACGGUGGUGGUACCCAUCAUCCCCAGCUACCUGUACUCGGUGGACGAUGAGGCUUCUGCUGCAGAUAGGAACUUCUCCGUCUCCUCUCAGUCUCCGUCUGGAACCUUCCAGACCAUCGUCUCUCUUUACGAUAACUCCACUCGCCUGACCAACCUCCUCCCGCAGGUCAGCACCCCAGGCGUGACCUUGCCCCCGACCCCGACCCCAGCUACCAAUGCUUCUGACUGCCCCAAAGCGGACAAGCAGCUCCUGAACGAGAAUGUAAAAGUGGGUCUCCUGUUUGCCUCAAAGGCCACCGUGCAGCUCAUCACCAACCCAAUCAUAGGACCUCUCACCAACAAAAUAGGUUACCAGAUCCCAAUGUUCGCCGGAUUCUGCAUCAUGUUCCUCUCAACUGUCAUGUUUGCCUUCUCGUCGAGCUACGCGCUGCUGUUUCUGGCCAGAUCCCUGCAGGGAGUCGGCUCUUCUUGCUCCUCUGUGGCAGGUAUGGGAAUGCUGGCAAGUGUGUAUACAGAUGAUGAGGAGAGAGGAAAUGCAAUCGGCAUAGCACUGGGAGGACUUGCCAUGGGAGUACUUGUUGGCCCACCAUUUGGCAGCGUGAUGUAUGAGUUCGUGGGAAAAACGGCUCCUUUCCUGGUCCUGGCUGUUCUAGCAGUGCUGGAUGGAGCUCUGCAGUUGUUUGUGCUUCAGCCUUCUAAAGUUGAACCAGAGAGUCAAAAGGGCACACCACUGAUGACCCUCAUGAGAGAUCCUUAUAUCCUCAUUGCAGCAGGGUCUAUUUGCUUCGCUAACAUGGCCAUCGCAAUGCUGGAACCCGCCCUGCCUAUCUGGAUGAUGGAAACUAUGUGUGCCAGAAAAUGGCAGCUAGGAGUCGCCUUUUUGCCAGCUAGCAUCUCUUACCUGAUCGGGACGAAUAUCUUUGCUGUUCUGGCUAACAAAAUGGGGAGAUGGCUGUGCUCUCUCAUAGGAAUGCUGCUGGUUGGGAUCAGCAUUCUCUGUGUGCCUUUUGCGAAAGACAUCUAUGGACUCAUAUUGCCAAACUUUGGGGUUGGUUUUGCGAUUGGCAUGGUGGACUCCUCUAUGAUGCCAAUCAUGGGCUAUUUGGUGGAUCUGAGACACGUCUCUGUUUACGGGAGUGUGUACGCCAUUGCUGACGUGGCCUUCUGCAUGGGCUUUGCAUUCGGCCCAUCAGCCGGUGGAGCUAUCGCACGCAGUAUUGGGUUCCCAUGGCUCAUGACCAUCAUCGGCGUGGUGGACAUCCUGUUCGCUCCACUUUGCUUCUUCCUCCGCAGCCCUCCAGCCAACGAGGAGAAAAUGGCCAUCCUGAUGGAUGUCAAUUGUUCGAUGAAGACACGUUCCUACUCCACCCAGGGCUCCAGCUAUCAGAUGGGAGACGACAUGGAGUUGGACAGUCCAGAGUAGACGCCUUUACCCUCUCUCAGACCUAGACCUUUGACCCCAUGACCCCUAGCUGUGUAUGUGCCGUUCUAGAGUUUAUUUUGCUGUAUUAAAAGGGAGAAUAGGGACUUUUAACAGAACCAUGUGGCUGAUUUUGUGAGGAAAUGUCCUUAACACUAAGCGUUGUUUGUUCUGCUGAAACCAAAGCCGUUGUCAUUGUCCUUUAAAAUUAGGGUGAAAGUGGCACAUUGAAUCAAACCAACAGCCUUAGCUACACGCUCAGUGGGGCCAUUCGGACACAGGGUCUUUAAAGCCACCAGCAAGGAUACGACAAGACACAUUUGUUUAUAUUAGGGGUGGGAUGAUAUUCAGUAUGCUGAGAUAAGGAAAUCGGGGGCUAUGUUAGAAAGAUAAAGAAAGAUGCUUAGUUUUUAAGGAACAAACAUAUCAGGCAAAAAAUCAGAGAAAACAAUAUUUCCACAUUGUUUUGUUUACGUAACUAAUUUAAAUCAUUGUACUGCUGCUGCAGUGUAUAGUUGUUGGUAUACCAAAAACCUCAACAUUAUGUUGUAAGGUUCUCAUAUCAGGAUUUUUUCGCACCCCUAGUUCAUUAAAAUGUCACAUUACCAUCAAAUUAUCUUCUUUAGCCGUUUUUGAAUAUUUCUUUCUGUCAUUAACUGAGACACUUUGUAAUUUUGUUGCAAAUCCCUGAUUGUGGCUUUAAAACGUGAAAUUGAAGGUCACCUGUGCUCUGUCAACAUACAAAACUGCCUAAUACUUAAAAUCUUAAAGAUGAAGAGGAUAUUUUGAAAAUCUCCAAUAGGAGUCACAUGUUGAACAAUGCACUAUAUGGAUACAACUUAGCUACACAUAGCACAAAGUGGUUCAUUUCUUUUUUUUUUUUUUUAUUGUGGGAGGGGAAGUUGAAUGAGGAAAUAGAAUUCAUUUGUUCUGCGGCUAAAACGAAUCAUAGUUUACCUCGAAAUGGCCUUAAAAAGUUUCCUUUAUAUAACCAGGGGUGACUGUUCUACAAAGACCACACAUCAGAUUUCAUUUUCUAAUACAAAAUGCUGAAACAUGAGCAUAAACUGAGUAAAGCGUGGAGAGAGAGAGAGAGAGAGAAAAAAAAGAAAUAUCUGUAGUCAAACUGAAGUUCAUGUGAUGUUUCAGUGUUGCCUCCAAGCUGAACUUGUUUGUGGGCUCGUUACAUGUUCCUGUCUGUUCAGGCCUUAUACGUGAAUGAGCUAUGAUUUAAGAUGUCGAUGUCGUAUUAUUUAUUAUCGUGUAACAGUAACAACAAAUAGAGAUUUACCCAGUAAAUCCUAAAGAUUAGAUCAUAAAAUGACACAAAAAGGCACAAUGUGGUUCCUCAUUAUGAAUAUGAGUUGUGUUUGUAAGCGUGUCCUUCCGUGAGGUGUGAAUUCCAUCAUGUCCAAUAAACGAUGUAUUAUGUUGACAUCUAGUAUGCAGUAAUGAGAGAUCAUUUACUCGCUUUUAGUUCAGUCCAACAAUAAACACACUGCUGUAGCGGAUCUUGUUAUAGUGCCUCAGUUUAAUUAGAUUAUACUCUGAUUUCUAAAGUGUAUAUAGUAUAUAUCUAUAUUUUAGUAAGCACAUGUGAAAAUGAUUAUUAAAGAUGUCUACUGUUAGUCAUGCUAUUUUUUUUUCUUUUUUAGUUUCUUUAAAAUGUCUGUUGUUUUCUUUAAAAUGGCUGUUUGUUUUUUUUUUUGCAAAUAGGCACCUUAUAUUGAGGUUUAUAUAUGGUCAUAAAAGCCAUAUCACAUAUCAUUUUAAAUUCUCAUCUUCUAAACUUUAGCCAUUCCAUUAUUUCAUGUUUGCUUUUUGUUUUUGUGGUGGAAGGAGCUGUAAAGCAGGAGGUCUGGAAAAGCAGAUUCUGUGAUAUGGUUACGCCUUAAAUAGCACAUCUAACAUCUCUUAAUCAGAUCUGUAGUGUUAUGAAGCGUGCAGUGUUAAAGCUGGGUGCGUGCAGGUCCACCAUACACACAGGCAAUUCAAGCUAAUGCGAAACGCAAUUAAAUCAUACUGUAGAACAUUAUUCUAACUGAUUCCCGAAAAAAAGGUAGCACUAGGGCUACCUUUGUAGUGAUUACUAAUUUAUUUAUUUAUUUUUAUUUUUUGCCUUUUAUAUUUAUAUAAAUAUGAUCACACAGACAUGUCAUAAACUGAGCUGGCCCUAGUACACUUCCAUCUGAAAUGUUAUGUAUAAUUUCAAGCAAAUUUCAGAUGUUUUUCCUUCCAAAAUCUAUUUAAGAAUUAUUCUCCAUUUUCACAUCAGCUAUAUGUUUCCAUUCAGAUUUUUCACUUCAUAAAAAAUAUCAGCAUCUCAAAGCAUCUCAAAUUAAAAUACUAACCAGGAUCAGCUGACUAUGCCACACAGAACUAUCAAACUAUCAAGAUCAAUAUAGUGAUAUAAUCUGGUCAGAAGCAAAAAUAUCCAUGAGAGUCUAUUCAACCUACUCAAAGCCACUUUGCUAAUUUCCCAACAGACCUGGGAUUUACUAGCACAAACAAUAGGGCUAAAUAUUCUAGCAGAAAACUCUUUAACAGAUCUGUAGGUGUAAUUUAUGAGGGAAUUGGGCAUGCAUGUGCAGGAUAAGGAUCCAAGUGUAUGCCAAACUCCAGGAAAUAUACAACAUAGAGGAUACUAGGAUUUCCUGGGUACAGUUUAUUUCAGGUGAUUAUAUUUUUUCCUGUCUUGCCCAGGUAGUCAGUACAGUAUCUAUAACCUUACUGGCAUCUUACUGAAUCAGCAUUAAAAAUUAGUAAUGUUAGCAUUUUGGGGAGUUUAAAUUAUAUGAUAAUAUUAUAUUUAUUUGCAGGCAAACAUGCCGCAUGUAAGCUACAUACUGAGUUUCAACAAACUGUUCACUCAAUCUAUCCUAGUUACAACUUACACUUGUAUAAAAAAAAGUGCAAGUUUACAGUUUUAUCGAUUUAUCAAUACAUGGAAAAGUAACCACUGCCUUGUUGAACUCUGGUGAUUAUAGUGAAGAAGUUUGUUCUGUUCACAAACAUACAGUAUCAGAGUUCCACUAUAACAUCCCCGACCAUAAGGAUUAAAACUCUUGUGUAAUUUAUUUUCUUGUUCUGAGAUGUGUUGCGUGGUUGAGAUCACGUGCAUAUGUGCCAAUGUCAGUGUGUGCCUUUAUUCAGGUGUCUUCUGUAUGUGUGUAAGGUAUCUCCUCAAGGCCAUGAGAGGACAGUUUUGUAUCCUGUAGAAGGUCCUGUAGUCAGGAUUCAAAUCAUAAGACUGUAACACUAUAGGGUGUAUGUAUGUAGUUGUUGGAACUACAGCCAAAAAUAAAUAAAUGUUGAAUAUUGAGUAAAUUUGUGCGAGUGUGUUUGAGUAGAUUGCAAUUCGUACGAUCCUCAUUGGUUCUCUUUGCCUUUAUAGUGCAUGAGCUAGUGCACUGUGUUAAAAAGAAUGGAUUUAGUGUGUUUACCUGAUGCUCUUUAAUGAUGGGAUGAGCAUCUUUAAAAUGCACGCAUUAACAUGUCCAAAGUGUUCAGUGCUCUAGGAUUACAAUUCAUUCAUGUACUAAUGAGUUAUAUUGAUUUUAAAAUAAACAGCAAGUUUUUCUUUAGUAAACAGGCCCGAGGAUGGAAGAGUUGCAUUUCCGAUGAUUGAUCGACACGCCAAUCUCAUUUAGAGCUCAAUAACUGCACAGGUUGCCAUCUGCUCACAGAUCAAUAGGUGUGUUCAUUUUGUUUUCAGUGAACACUUACAGCAUUCAAGAAUGACUCAACUUGCAUUUAAAUCUAGUCAAUAGUGAUCGUUACAUAUGAUUUUCACUUGUUCAAAGAUUUGCAUGAUGGAAAACAAACCAAACUUUUCAAUGAACAGGCAAUACUGAUUAUUGCAUUAUUUGUACUGAUACACAUCUGGAAUGAAAAUCAUCAUAUAAGGAAUAAAGCAUCACAAGGUGUGCUGUUAUAGGAAAACAAUCAGUGACAUGGUGGUGUGAUGCAGCUUAAUGCGAAGUGGAGUUACUCUUACCACCCAGAAGUUCAUUAUUUUUCAAUAACAGCAUGUCCCAGAGAGUUUUAUUCCUCUUAUUCCACAGGAAAUUGCUGAUGAUUUAAAAAAUUUUUAAAUUUGAUUAAUGAAUGACACAUCACACUUCUUAACCGUUUAGAGUUACACUCAUGUUGUGGAACAUCCACAAGUUAGUUCCUGUUGUCGCUUAUGUUAUAGCAGCUAGAAACAGUUAUCGUUUGCUCACCAGCCUUUAUUUUCUCUCACUUGAACUUCUGUUACCAAGAAGACACUGGAGACUCCUUCCACAAAUAUUCAAUACAUGUCUUUUUUUACAGAAAGCCUCACUAUAUUAACUAUACCAUAAUGUAUUAGAACGAGUGCAUUAAUAUGAACAUUUGCAGUAAAUUAACGAACCACUUCUGACCAUUCAGAAUUCACCAUGAAUACUGUACUAAAAUCAUUUAGUGGCUAGAGUAUAAUGAAAGUUUGGAGCCUUUUAGUGUUCCUUAUCAUGCUAAUCAGGCUAAUACACCUGUCAGUAAUUGACAGACAGGCUUCCAUGACCAAGACCGAAUAAAUCUAGUCUAGUUUCAUGUAUGUGACUGAACCAAGUAUAAUAGUCUUAAAGAAUCAUUUAUCAAAACUGGUAACAUGGCUAGUAUCCAAUUAGCAUUAUAAUAAUUGACAGAAUCCAGCAUUCAUUAUUAUGCUAGUGCUAAUUACUGGCUGCUAGCCACGCUGCCAAUUUUGUCCAUAUAAUUCAUUUAUAUAAGGAACAGGACAUAAGAAGCAAACUAACUUUUUUAAAUAAUUUAUUUUGUAUCUCAAUGCAUAAGCAAAUAUGAUAUGUCAUUGUGUAAAGUUCCUGCAUCACGAUACAAAGCUGUGCAGUACUUUAGCAGCUGUCCUUAAAACCACAUUUAAAACAUAAAUCUUUUUUGUUUUUUUACUGGAAGCAAAGACGACAACAAUAAUAACGAAAAUCAACCAGUGUACUGUGCAUUAUCAGAGAGGGUUGAGCUAGGGUUGAGUUUG